UCAGUAUGUACAUCCCCAGGCAUCGACACUUGCAGCAUUUCUCUGUCAUCUGUCAAGUGAAUUAAAUGAUAAAACAACAAAUGAAUCUUUAGAUUUUACAUUUUUGUUUGCAUGGUUUAUCCAGUUAUCUAGUUGAAGAGGUGAUCGAUCGUGUGAAUUUAGUAAAGAGCCAGCUGAAACAUUCCUCAUAGAAGAAAUCCAUGACACCUUCAGGAAGAUAGUCAAGGAAAAAAAUAAUAAUCACGCGGAAUACAACGUAAUCACUAAUUUCUCAGGUAGAUGCUACUCUUUGAUUUGAUGUUUACUCUGGGCUUUAUUAAAACACCGAUCCAAAGAAUCAAGACAUCCGGGAAGUGACCUGAGUGACACCAACUACAAGUUGAUUACCAUAGGAAUUAUUCAACUCUUAUAAUCGGAUACAAUUUUCUGUUUUUACAUACGUCGUAUGAAAAACAUCGAGUGCCAUGGAACAGUUUAUUUUUAUCGAUAAGGAGACUGGAGAGAGUCUUUUCUCAUCUGUAGACGAUGAUGAUACUGACUUAAUCAAUAAAAAAAUUAUCAGUUCGACUAAUGAUGCAGAAACUGGAGAACCAGAGGUUGAUGUUGGAGGGACAAGUACUAAGAGAAGAGUUCCAUUUCAGAUCCCAAGGAAAAUCAAGGAGGAGCUAUCAUCAAAGGAAAAUGCUAAAAAUAAAAAACAAGGUCUUGCUGAUCCUCUACCAGAAGGCACCUCCUUUGCGCAGACAAAUCCAGUUUUCCUUUUUCUUCCUGCAAUAUUUUACUGCAGAUGGUUUGCACUUGGCCUCACGGUUUUCGAAGUACUAUUCCAUCGAUGGACACACUACAAAAAUAAGUCAUUGAGGGACUCGGAUGUGGAAUUUCGAUCGCCUUUUUAUGGAAUUACUUCAGAAUUUUGUGCACUGUGUCAGUAUGAAACUCGGAUGGAUAAAGUCGGUAAGAUGCAACAAAUAAGAAUGCACAAAUUUCUCAAGCAAUGUCAUUACAUGAAAAGAGCUGUCACGUAAAUUUACUAUUUAUGCUAAUUUAAAAAAAAAA